AGCGACCAAGAUUGUUGGAAAAUAAAUUAACCUCAUCAACCUAUACUUGCAAAUUUAUUGGUGAAACUUCACCAACCGUUCAUUGGAAAAUAAAUGGUGUAACAGUUGAACAAGGAGCCCCAUUCAUAUCCAAUACAGUGUUGAAUGAACAUGAAGUAUCAAGUCAAAUUUCCCACAUCUUUAUACUUGGAAAUGCAGAUGUUGUUUCAUGUUGGGCAACUACUUCUGAUGGUUCUUCAAACGUUAUAUCAAAAACUGGAUUUUCAAAUGCUCAAAGCUCAACAAUCACUUCUUCACCUGGUAGUUGUCCUGGUAACCAACUGCAAAUUGAUUGGACAGACUUAACUAAAACAAGUGGAAACAUUGUAUAUGAUAUAUAUGUCAUUAGUUCCAGUAAAACGUAUACAAAAACCCUUACCAAUCAAUCAACAAGUGAUUACAAAUACUCAGUCACAUUUCAAAGCUUGGCUCCACGGACAGAAUAUGCAAUAAAGAUCAUUUUGUUCCCAAAAUAUUCAAAGAAAAUUAGUCAUGCCAUUACAAGAACAGCUGGUGAAAUACCGAGUAUUUUAUUAGCAAUUGCAAAUUCUAUUGAUUCUCAAUGUUCAGUGUCUUGGAUUAAAGGACCUGAAACUGGAAUAAUUGGAGCAAGGAUUGUCAUAACAAGAAGUUUGCACAAAAAAGCAACUGGUGUGACAGACACUGUAACCUCUGUUACACACACAUAUAAUGGCAUUUCACCUUACCAUUUUGUAAUGCAACCAAAUUCUAAAUAUAACAUAAAAGUGGCCACGCAAACUUGUUCGGAAGUUGGCAAGUUUGUUGUUGCAUCAGGACAAUGUACAUCACAAGUACAAGCACCUGACAGUAUACCAACACCCACAACAAUUGGAAAUGCUGCUGGUACUUCACAUAUACAAAUAAACAAAGUUGACGAAAGUAACGGACCAAUCAGCUGUUAUUUUGUCAUCGGAAGAAAACAAGGAAUUGAUGUUGAUAAAGCUAACUACACAUGGCUUGAUAUUCAAAACAUUAUUUCCAACUCCAACUUGCCUUCGUUUUGUAUUGCAGUGUUGCCCAGGUUCAGUGAAACAAGCAAAGAAGUUGCAUUAUCAUUAACUGCAACAACCCAAUGUAAAAUAAACCCAUCAACCAUUAUAAGCUGUACCAACAAGAAACUAAAAAAUGGAGUCUUGUACAAAUUCCAAGUUGUCACCUUGACUUUAGCCGAUGGAGUUUACUUGACACAAACCAGUGAACCAACAGCUACAACUCCAAUUGGAGAUCCGCCGGCAAAUUCUAACACACAAGUUGUAGCAAUUAUUAUUCUAGGCCUGUCCACUCUGAUCGCUUUGGUUGCAGCUGUUUAUUUGUAUAAAAAGCAAAGGGAUAGACCUUUGACACAAAGCAGACCACAAACAGCUCAUUUUGUUCAAAAUAAUGAAGCUUUUGAUCAGAAUGAAACAAACUGUGAAGGUGCAUAUGAAAACAUGGACGUUGGAAAACCUAAGACACUUAACACUUAUCAUAAUAAUGAAAAAAACCAUCAAAAUAUAUGAGGCUUCAAAGUUAUGUUCAAACAGUUGACUUUUUGCAACCAGAAACAGUAUAUCUUCAUGCAUAAAGUUUUGAGUGAAUGUUAUAAGCCUGGAAAGUGAAUUGGUAUACACACAAGAAAAUAGGGUCAUGGCCAACUGGAACUUAUAAACUGAAUAUGGGUAUAUAAUCAAAUGUAUGUGUUUUGUUGAAUAAAUGUAACUUAUUUAUUCUCGACAUUAUAACACACGUGUUCUGUUUCAUACACCUCAUGCCAGUUUGUUAUGUAGUUGUAUAAGUUAUAAAUUAGCAUUUAAUUGAGCUUUAUUUUAUUUUUACUAUUUACAUGUGUCGGAACCUGUAAUUUUGUAAUUGCUUGUGCAAAUUCUAAGAAUACUUUUAUGCAUUUUUAAUGUUUUAAGUUUACCCAAUGCGAAAACCAGAUAGUUGAGAAUAUGUGUUCUUAAUUACUCCUAACAACUAUAAAACAUUUUGUAAACCACUGCAUUGAGUAAAGAUAAUUGUAAUACUAAAUGUUGUUAAUCGCUAUUACAUGGAUUAAGCAGAAAAAUGCACCGAUGGUGGUUGGGGUAAUGGACCAACUCUGGCCUAAUGGAUUCAAGGUCCCCUGGUCUGUGUCAUAAGAUAUCCCAUAUAGAAUAGAAAAUUUAUAUUAUAUGAUAAAAAGGGAAUUUUUUUAUUAUGGGUUGGGGAUUUUUUCCCCCCCCCCCCAACUUAACUGAAAAAUAUGAAGCAAGUCCCACUGUGGGCUAAAUAUGAUUUCAAGUAACCGAA